CAUGUUCUGCAGCUUAUUUAAAAACAGUACAAAUUCAGUGAUCUUAUCCUUCUGUGUUUCACCACCUCCUCUACAGAAAGACUGCACUCCUCCACUGUUCACUCCGCCCUGUCCCAGAGUCGCUCUUACCUCGUUACUCACUCAAUCAAACACACACACACACACACACACAGCUGCUGUGCAGACUGAAGAACUCCUCAGUAAAAAAAAAAACACCCUUGCUCACACACACACUCACUCUCUCGGGCUAGACUGCAAGCAGCAUGUGUUUGAUCAGGAAACUCUUCAUUUCAUGUGUAGUCAUGCUGUGGAUGAAUCUGACUGUCUCUCAUGCUCCCCCCUUGUGCUGUGUUCAAGACUUCACCAACAAGUCAGCAAAACACACAGUGAGCACCUCGGUGUGCAAGUACACCACCUGGAACAGAGAUGAAACACCCAUAAAGGAUGAGCAUGACAGUGUAAACAAGAAGAUUGUCCUUGCCUUUGGACCAAACUGGAUUCUCCUAAAUGGGAAAUACUCUGGCAUUAAUUUCAGAUGUAUGGAUCCAGAUAAAUGGGUGACCACAGUUAAUUGCACAGAUCCGUGCAAACCUGGAGAGGAUAAUCCUGUGACUGAAGACCCCAGCCUGACCCCUCCAUCAAAUGAAAUUAAUGUUUCUGUCUUAUUCGUCAUCACCAUCGUCAUCAUCAUCAUCACCAUCAUCGUCAUCAUCGUCAUAGUCACAUGGCAGACAGGAUGUUACGGGAGAUGCGGUGAGGCGAGGCUAGCACACAGUGGUGCUCACCAUGCUAAUGGUGUGUUCCGGUCUGUCAAUCAGGAGGAUCAGCAGGAGUCCAGCCUGUGAUCUGAUGUUAUUUACAUAAAUUAGAGUUUAUGUAAUUUUUUUUCUUUCUUUCUUUGUUGUUCUUUCACUGACACUAACCAUGCUAAUGGUGGGUUCCGGGCUGUCAAUCAGGAAGUUCAGGAAUCUCAUUGGAAUCGUUGGUGAGAGUGAUGAGUGGAUCAUCAGUCUGUUUCUCAGUGCAGCUUUAGUUUCUGUCAACUAGCAGGUUUUCAUCCACAUAUGUUAGCUUAGCAUAACAUUAGAUUCUGACAGGUUUGGACUGCUGUGAGAAAAUGAUGCUCAGAAUCAAGACUGAUUAACGUGAGGCCAGGAUUCAGCAAAUGUUCCAGCUCAACUACAUCUCAACAACCUCACAAAAGACCUGAAACCAGCACAAACUAGAACAGGUUUUGGAAAAGCUCACUGUGGUGUGCACGCAUUUCUGAUUUGCGUGCAAAUUUAUCUAACCGCAACCUUGCUUCAAACCGACUCCACUCUGUGGCAAAAAAACCAACCCUGGCAACCCAUGUGAGCUAGUUUACUAGCAGUUAGUUAACUGGUAAGCUAGCUGCAUUCAUUAAUAUUAGCCAUAUUAGGCUGUUAUGGAUGGUGAGAGAACAGUGGACAUUUCUAAUUUGCAUAAUUGCUUGUAUUCGUAGAUCCUGGUAUUUGUAGUGAGUGUAAAUGUGUGGAGAUGUUCUUCAGUCAUUUCUUGUGUUGCUUAAGUUGUUGCUAUGGUGACAAAUAACCCUGCCAGUGUAGAACACUAAAACUAAAGACGAUAUCAUGACUAUUCCAUGACGUUUUAUCAUGUAAAUAUAUUUUACUACAUUUCUAAAAUGUCAUUCCGCCAUGAUUUUCCAAAUCUUAUCGCGAACAGAAUUAUGGGAUUGUUAUCAGCGUUAAAUAAGGACCCUUAGAAGUCAGCUGUUGUGCCGCCUGCGGUUUGAAUGAGACACAGCCGUUAUCUCACUGUACAAAACAUUUUGAAAUGUCUGUGAUGAUAAUAAUAUGGUGAAAUAAAUGAUUAUUGACACGUUAAUAGAUAUGAUUACAUAAAUGGUAUACUGUAUAACUGCAUAUUAUACUACACACACAUAUGAUUAUAUAUAUAUAUAGUGUAUAUAUAUAUAUAUAUACACACUAUAUGAUUAUAUACUAUAUGAUGUUCAAUGAUCAUGUCAGCUCUGUUAUUAUUAUUUUUGUUAUCAUAGUAAUAGUAAUAGUAGUAGUAGGAGUAAUAGUAGUAGGAGUAAUAGGAGUAGUAAUAGUAAUAGUAAUAAUAGUGGUAAUAGAAGAGUACUUACGUGGAGUGAGUACUAGUUUCUGAUUUACUCUCUUGGCUCUGGGCCAGGGGUUUCUUUAAUCUAACUGUAAGCUAAUUGUUCUGUAAUUAGGUAUUGCUUCUGCUUUGUAUUACUUAAA